AUACUUGGGAAGUGCCAUUUGAGGAAAUCUCAGAGCUGCAGUGGCUUGGUAGUGGAGCCCAAGGAGCUGUCUUCCUGGGCAAAUUCCGAGCAGAGGAGGUAGCCAUCAAGAAGGUGAGAGAACAAAAUGAGACGGACAUCAAGCACCUGAGGAAGCUGAAGCACCCUAACAUCAUCGCCUUCAAGGGUGUUUGCACUCAGGCCCCGUGCUACUGCAUCAUCAUGGAGUACUGUGCCCACGGGCAGCUGUACGAGGUCCUGAGAGCUGGCAGGAAGAUUACACCGCGGCUGCUGGUGGACUGGUCCACAGGGAUCGCCAGUGGGAUGAAUUACCUCCAUCUCCAUAAAAUUAUACAUCGGGACCUCAAGUCACCCAAUUUCAUUGACAGGCACGCUCUGGAUAUUCGAGAGCACUAUGAGAGAAAGCUCGAACGGGCUAACAAUCUGUACAUGGAACUGAGCGCCAUCAUGCUGCAGCUGGAGAUGCGGGAGAAGGAACUCCUUAAGCGAGAGCAAGCAGUGGAAAAGAAGUAUCCUGGCACCUACAAACGACAUCCUGUCCGACCAAUCAUCCACCCAAAUGCCAUGGAGAAGCUCAUGAAAAGGAAGGGUGUGCCUCACAAGGCUGGGGUGCAGACUAAGCGGCCAGACCUCUUGCGAUCCGAAGGCAUCCCUAGUACAGAAGCGGUUCCCACUGCAUCCCCUCUGUCUGGAAGUCCCAAAAUGUCCACCGCAAGCAGCAGGAGCCGGUACCGAAGCAAACCACGUCACCGCCGAGGGAACAGUAGAGGCAGCCACAGCGACUUCGCAGCAAUCUUGAAAACUCAGCCCACCCAGGAAAAUUCACCCCACCCCACCUACCUACACCACACUCAGGCUCAGUGUGCUUCUGUCCAUCAACAUAAUCCUCUCCAGCAGCAAUACCAGCAACCCCCUCCUACCCUGCCUCAGAGCCGCCAUCCCAGACUCAAUGCGCAUGGGCAGGACAUUGCAACCUGCGCCAAUAACCUGAGGUACUUUGGCCCAGCAGCAGCCCUACGGAGUCCACUCAGCAACCAUGCUCAAAGACAGAUGCCUGGCUCUAGCCCCGACCUCAUCUCCACAGCCAUGGCAGCAGAUUGCUGGAGAAAUUCUGAACUUGACCAAGACCAAGUUGGACCCUGGGGUUGCUGUCAGGCUGAACCCUAUGAUCCCUGUUUCCAGUGCAGGCCAGAACAUUCUGGGUCUUUAGAGCUUCCCACUACUGAGCCAGUGGGGAGGAGCCCAGACCGGUCCAGUUCACCAGCGCACACUCCUCUUUCAGGAAAUGCCCAAGGCUCUGAGAGAACGGAGGCAAACGGAUUCAAUGGCUGUCAGUCUGGUAUUUCUCAUCAAUUCACACCCCCAAUGCUACCUCAAAAGACACGGCCCCUUCAGAAGAGUGGAGAUGACUCCUCAGAAGAGGAAGGAGAAGUGGACAGUGAAGUAGAAUUUCCCCGACGACAGAGGCCUCACCGCUGCAUUAGCAGUUACCAGUCAUACUCAACAUUUAGCUCCGAGAACUUCUCUGUGUCUGAUGGAGAGGAGGGCAACACUAGUGACCACUCGAACAGUCCCGAUGAAUCAGCCGACAGACGGCAGGACCACCUGGCAGAGGCCCUGGACGACCUGCUGUCCCAGACACCCGAGGCCCCCAUCGAGAUCUCCUCCCACUCAGAUGGGCUGUCUGACAAGGAGUGUGCUGUUCGGCGCGUGAAGACACAGAUGUCCCUGGGCAAGCUGUGUGCCGAGGAGCGCGGCUACGAGAAUCCUGUGCAGUUUGGAGACUCAGACUGUGACUCUUCAGAGGGCGAGUGUUCCGACGCCACAGUUAGGACCAGCAAGAACUACAGCUCUGCCACCUGGUGACAAGGGCUCUCCAUCAGGUCUUAAGACUGGCAAUCUCCUCUCCAGCAAUAGACUCCUCCCUCCUUCAUCUGUCUGGGAGGAGUGGCCCAGUCCCAGAAACAAGCCACAGUGACAGGAACAUGAGACUUGUCAACUCUCUGGGAAAUACCCAAAUGAAACUACGUCUCACUGAGCAUUUCAAUCAAGAAUGGCAGGGAUCUAUUGUACUGAAUUCUCCAGCUACUGUAACAUUGAUAUUUAUUUUUGUUGGACAUUUUAACACUUUGUAUUGUAAAGAGUGAACUAUAUAUGAUACAGACACAAUAAUUUCUUUACAAAAAAAUUAAGGAAAUGUUGCUCUUAGGAGCAACAUUUGGAAUUUG